AUGGCGCCUUCAGAAAAAGCCUGGAUUCACCCCAUUCCUCCGUUGGGGGUUCCAGCCGCCACUCCCGAUGUUCCUCCAGCGAGUUCCACUCCAGCACGGCGGUAUGGCGAUUUGCAGGAUGAGGGAGCCGUGCGACAGCAAUGGAUCGAAGAUCCUACUGACAACACCUGCCACAUCAGGCCCACCGGUUUGACCGUGCAGGACCUCCAAGACACCAAUUGGUACAUCCAAACCCACAAGAAGAGUAUACCAUUCACCGUUGCGGACGAUGCCGUUGCUUUGGGAUAUUCCGACCAACAGAUCUACCCCCAGACAUUGGCACGGAAGACUGGACAGGGCGCAGUUGGAAGGCCAGGCAAGGAGAACAUCUACGAUGUGCUAGUUGGAAAAGGGGUGAUUAUUGCCGAGGCGAUGUUCAGAAGAGAUGGGCCACAGUUCUCCGAGAUUGCUAAAGCUUUUCUCCAGGAAGUUGCGGAGCCGCAGAGUCUGCGACACUUCUAUGUCUGCGAUAUCAUCAAUUACAAGACCCGAAGAUUUGUGCACAGAACGCUCUAUUCCUCGCGGAACAACCUUGAGUGGCCGUCGCGCUGUGGAUCUCCUCUGAUUUGGCAGUACAACACCCCUGAGUAUCAGGGCAUUUUGGGUACACCGAUUGGCAAGUCUGCGGCGUAUCUUGUUUUGGAGAUAUUCCCCCGUGGAACGCAUUAUAUUGCGAGGAUUGUGACUUGGAAUUGCGCCUGCUUGCUUCAAAUGAGAUUUGAUAUUGAGCCGAUACCUACGCCGCUGGUUGCUGUUUGA